GCAAAGACCAAGUUUCCCUUGCAACAGCACAUACACCAUUCCAGUACGCCCCAGCAGUCGGCCAGAAGGACGUGACAAGCUCCGAAAUAAUCACAUCAAGGCCCUUCACCUCGUCAGCUGCUGAACGUCUUCUCAAACCAGAGAUAAACAUACCACCACGGAGAGUUCUUCCAUGGUCGAGUACUUCCAAGAGAGGAAAUACCAUGACAAAAGCACCACCCGCUGUCCCAUACGCGACAGUCACCAGUGAUACCUCAUCGAAAAUUGGUACGGAGGCUAGAUAUAAAUUCUGUCACUUCUACACGUGCACUAACCCUUCAUGAAAGCAACAGAUACAACCAACAAUUCCCAAAAAUCUAUCAAACCAUCCCCAAUUGCCCAUUUAAACCAAAUGCAAAUGCAAACGCAAGCACGACCAGCCACAUCAGGCGAAAUGACUACUAUGCCUCGCCUACGACUACUCCCGCCAAAAUUACCCAACGCCAGAAACGACAGACAAAAGCCUCAUCCAGAGUCGAGACCAAACAUAUCAGCUCACACAGGACCAUAUAAUCAACCUCCGUGCCUAAAAGAAGCCAAUCCGCCAGUUGUUCCAUCUUGCCCAUCUAUCACUAGCAACCUACAAGCCGAGAGAACCGAAGCGAGCAAACUAUCGAUAGGGAAGCAAGGAGAGGCGCAACAAGCAAAGACUCUGGAUGCUCUAACGACAGCAGAUCUUUCUUCAUAUAUAUCCAACCCCACCGAAGAGCGUAUGGCUAGUUUAGAAACGUGGAUCUGCAAUCAGCUCGAAGACGAUAUGUUCCUCGAGCUUUGUCGUGAUGUAGAAGGGAUAUGGCAGAGGAUUGCGUUCGGGAGAUAAGAUAAGGGUUUAAUGUUUAGUAUAUUUUUUUGUUGCUUAACUGUAUAUUAUAUAGCACAAG